GAAACCCCGAUCGAUACAGAAAAAGAUAUUAAAAGCAUACAAAGUGCAAAGAGACUUUAUCAGUCAUGUAUGAAUGAAACUGCCAUAGAGUUGGAGGACAGCAGGCCUUUGCUUAACCUCCUGAAACAUCCACAUCUGCGCUGGCCUGUUCUCGAGGCUAACAAUGGACCUGAGGGAACCUGGAGGGAGGAGGAAUUCGACCUGCUGGAGGCACUGGCUGUUCUCCGAGGGAAAUUCGCAAAUGAUGUCCUCAUUAGCUUCUAUGUUGCAGUUGAUAUCAAAAACUCCAGUGAAUAUAUCCUGAAGCUGGACCAAGAAUUUCCGCUUAUGAAUGUACUUGAAGACUACCUGUCUAACAGCAUGCAGGCAAAACUUAAUCGCCAUGCCCUACUGCAGCUGAUGAUUGAUGUGCCCAUUCUCCUGGGAGCGAAUGCCAUCACAGCCAAAGCUGACAUGGAAGCCGUGAUGGAGUUUGAGACCAAGUUGGCUAAGAUUCUGGUUCAACAGAAUAAAGGGAGGAGUGAAGACCUUUACAAUAAGCUCAGUGUGCUCGAUUUGCAGAAUGCCAUUCCACAGUUUGACUGGCUUCGCUACAUUAGGACAGUGAUUGAUUUUGAAGAGCAUCCUUCUCUCACACACAUAAACUCGUCGGAAGAGGUUAUUGUGCACAUUCCACAGUAUUUCAAGGACUUGUUCCAGCUGCUAGAAACCGUGGAUAACCGAACCAUUGCCAACUACAUUGUAUGGAGUAGCGUGUACAAAAGAUUGGGCAAUCUCAGCCGGCGAUUCCUCAACAGGCACUGUGAAUAUUUUAAGGUGAUUUCAGGGAUGAAGUCAUUGCCUCCACGAUGGAAAAAAUGUACGGGUUUUGUCGACUCUUUCAUGCCGUAUGCUGUGGGAGGGAUGUUUGUGAAAGCUCAUUUUCAAGAGGACAAGAAGAAGCUGACUGAAAAAUUAAUUGAUGGUAUUCGUUGGGCAUUUUUGGACAUGUUGGAUAAGGAAAAUGACUGGAUGGACGCAGAAACCAAAGAAAGAGCAAAAGAAAAGGCGCAGGCUAUUCUCGCCAAGGUUGGAUAUCCCAACUUCAUUCUGAAUGAUGCCAUCAUUAAUAACUACAGAAAUGUGACUGUUUUGGCAACGGACUACUUUGGAAACGUGCUGAAUUUUCUUCAGUUUAUCGCCCAAUCAGAUUUCGCAGUCCUCAGAAUCCGUAGUUCAAAGACAGAAUGGUUCACCCAACCCACCAUAGUAAACGCCUUCUACAUAUCAACAAAAAACCAGAUACAGUUUCCAGCUGGCCAGCUCCAAAAGCCGUUUCUCUGGGGAGAAAAAUAUCCUUUGUCCAUCAGUUAUGGUGCAAUCGGCACAAUUAUUGGACACGAGUUCUCGCAUGCCUUUGAUAACAAUGGUCGAAAAUUUGAUAAAGAUGGAAAUCUGCGUCAGUGGUGGACUAAUGACUCGAUUUCAAAGUUUAAUGCCAAAGCGGAUUGUAUAGUAAAGCAGUACAGUGACUACUACUGGGCCCUCGUGGGUCUGAAGGUAAAUGGGCAGAAAACAUUAGGAGAGAACAUUGCUGACAAUUCUGGUCUCCGCCAGAGUUUCAGGGCCUAUCAGAAGUGGCUACGGGAGGAGAGAGGAAACAGGGAGGAGGUACUCCUCCCCGGCCUCAAACUGAACCAUAAUCAGCUCUUCUUUUUAAGUUUCGCUCAGACCAUGUGCAACGUAUACCACCCAGUGGCAGCUAGGAAUUGGAUACUGACUCAGGUACACAGUCCUCAAGAAUUCAGGGUUACUGGUGCACUCAGUAACUUUGAAGAAUUCAGCAAGGCUUACAAUUGUCCCAGUAUGUCGCCGAUGAACAGAGGAGUGGACUCCUGUCGACUGUGGUAGAUGGUGACAAGAGUCAUAAUCGUAG